ACUUGAUGCUUCGGUACGGUCGUCACCCUGCAGCUUCAGAAAAAAACCCAAGUAAACUAGAUUUAUUUAUUUAUCCUGGGUGUUGUAAACGUUCCGGAAGAUGGUGGCUAAGCAGAGGAUCCGCAUGGCCAACGAGAAACACAGCAAGAACAUCACGCAGAGAGGAAACGUAGCCAAGACGCUGCGACCACAGGAGGAGAAGUAUCCGGUCGGCCCAUGGCUGCUCGCACUCUUUGUAUUCGUUGUGUGUGGAUCAGCCAUAUUCCAGAUCAUCCAGAGCAUCCGUAUGGGCAUGUGAUCCCGCUGGAGCCCCUGGACUCGUGUCCCCGCCUCAUGCCCUCACUGAGCCCGGCUAAGCCCUCGUCUGCACACCCCCGACCCCCUCCAGAGGCCCAGAGACGGACGCCACGGCUUCGGAUCCAGCAGACCUCGGAGACAGACAGACAGGACGGACGGACAGACAGACAGAAGCCCCGCCCCCUCCUCCUCUGGACACCGUCCCACCGUCCAUCAGCGUUUACAGUGUUGCAGUCUGUGGUACUGACAGCUUUUCUAUGGACAGUCUGAAAACCACGCUGGCUGUGGAGCGCCUGUGUCUCAUUCCUCACUCGCCUCAUACGUGACGUGGUUUUACGUGUGUGUGAAAGUGUCAGACUGUGAACGUGUGUGUGUGUGUGUGUGUGUGGCCUGUGAUGUGAUUCCUGCUGACAAUGUGCCAUAACUGUCCGAUUCAGUGUUCGUCUGUGUUGUGUGAGGAGACUUUUUUUCAAAUAAAUGUGGAGCAUUUAGGAAGCA